CACGCAUCAUCACCACGCCACGCGCCGCGAGAUGCUGCUUCGGCGGGGGCGCCCAGGCGUGGCGCCUCCCGGAUUCCGGCGGCUUCGACGUCGCCGGCGACGCGCGCAAGCCAAGCGACAGUUGCGGAGGCAAGCAACCCCCCAAGUUCCGUCCCUUUUGCGCUUUUCUGGGACCCAUUUCCUCUCUCUUUUGGGGGGCGCUUUCGCGGUGACGACGCUGCCGAUGCGCGUACGCCUGAGGAGUUCUUCCCCAUCACGCCGCGUGGGGGAUCGGGACGUCGCCAUUUCCGCUGCCGUUUUCUUCUCUUUGGGGGGUUGCAAUCUCGCGUUUCAUUUGAUAGGGUUGGGCGUGGGCGGUGGGGAAUGGGGAUGGGUAGGUAGAUGGCACCGAUGUGAAUCGGACGACUUCGAAUCGAAGCCUUCCGAUCCAUGUGAGGAGGUUGAGGAACCAACCUAAUUUCGAAUCGAAGAACUCUUGGUUUCUCUACCUAAAACCAAAUAGCAUAGUGACAGUGGUCGUUAUACUAUGAAUUCCAAGCUUUUUGACCGAAGAUUUCGAAUCAUCGAGCAUCUUUGGCCAAGCUAUUCUAACACGGUUGACUCAGAAGUCUACGUUUCUAUGCAUUGUGUAUUUGAGUGUUAGUUACUAUAUUUCGUGAUAAACAAAACUGUUGACUCAAAAGUCUACGUUUAUAUGCAUUGUGUAUUUGUGUGUUACUGUAUUUAGUGAUAAACCUUAGGUGUACAUGUGAGGGAUUUCAUGGAUAACACGUGCACUACAUUCUUGCCUGUUCCACUGGUCACCAUCAGCAAAUCGCUCCUGUCCCUUUCGUGUGGCUAUCACUGGAGCUAUUCAAUUCUUGAAAGGCUCUGCCGUGCAAGCAAACCGUUUUCUUUCCAAUGGGAUAAGUGUGUGACUGUGCUAUAAUCUCAGGAUAAAUUCAUCACUAAAUCGUUGCUAUCAGUUUUGGUUUAUCCACUCAUUAAAUCAAUGCAACAAAUGUGGUGAUCAAUAAUUAGUAGUACUUGUUUGUUGGUAUGCCGUGCUGCCAAACUAGUUGGAUAACAAAGAUUCCUAUUAUAUUGGGGUUAACCACUGUAUUUUCCUAAUCAUAAUUUUUUAGGCUCCUUAUUGUCAUUAUCACUUAGCAUCAUUGCAUAAGAGAAAAAAAAGGGGGGUCAAUACUGCAGGAUGGUAUUUUAGGAAGGAAAUGUGUUAUCGUGAUAUUAACACAGCCUUUCUUCCAUGUUGCUUGCACUCCUCUCAAACUGGUGUAGCUUCCUAAAGACUGGCUCAGUUACACAAUUUUUAUUCUUAAAUGCUGGAAUCCUGGGAAAUCCUUAAUGCGCCUGGAAUUGUUGCACUCAAGUAAAGCUUUAGUUUGCUACACCCGUGACACUUUCAGAGUUGGACAUGUCAAAGUUUCCUUCCCUUUUUGAUAAAAUGUCCAGUGUGAUAGAGAUAUUGCAACCUGUCACCUCCACAAGAGCUACUUAGCAGAGACGCGCGUUGGAUUCCAAGACAAGUGAUGAUCAGCCUUCAGUUGCUUCCCACACCCCACCAACUCAACAAGCUUUUCUGCCUGUGUUGAAGCUAUAAGCAGAGCAGACUUCCCUCCCGGUUUUAUCUUUGGCACAGCUUCUUCAGCUUACCAGUAUGAAGGUGCCGUGAAUGAGGGCCAACGUGGACCUACCAUAUGGGAUACUCUCACGAAAAGACCAGGUCGGGUGAUUGAUUUCAGCAAUGCAGAUGUUGCUGUUGAUCACUACCAUCGCUACAAGGAAGAUGUGGAGUUAAUGAAUGACAUCGGCAUGGAUGCAUACCGCUUCUCUAUCUCAUGGUCACGGAUCUUUCCAAAUGGAACAGGUGAACCUAAUGAAGAAGGAUUGAGUUACUAUAACAGCCUCAUAGAUGCCCUGUUAGAUAAAGGCAUAGAACCAUAUGUAACUCUCUUCCACUGGGACCUUCCCCAAGCACUCGAAGACAGAUACGGAGGCUGGUUGAACUCAGAAAUCAUCGAGGAUUUUGUUCAGUACGCGUUUACUUGCUUCAAGGAAUUUGGAGAUAGAGUGAAGCACUGGAUCACUUUUAAUGAGCCUUACAACUUUGCGAUUGACGGCUAUGACCUUGGCAUCCAAGCACCUGGGAGAUGUUCUAUUCUGUCACAUGUGUUCUGUAGAGAGGGUAAAUCAUCAACUGAACCAUAUAUUGUAGCUCACAACAUACUUUUAGCUCAUGCUGGUGCUUUUCGUGCUUAUGAACAACAUUUCAAGAAUGAACAAGGAGGCCUCAUUGGGAUUGCGCUUAAUUCUAGAUGGUAUGAACCGUUCUCAAAUGCCGAUGAAGACACAGAAGCAGCAGCGCGAGCAAUGGACUUUGAGCUUGGAUGGUUCUUGGAUCCCUUAAUGUUCGGCCACUAUCCUCCUUCUAUGCAGAAACUUGCAGGUGAUAGGCUGCCUCAGUUUUCAACUCACGCAUCAAAGUUGGUAUCUGGAUCACUAGAUUUUGUUGGCAUAAACCACUACACUACACUAUAUGCUAGAAACGAUAGAUUGCGGAUCAGGAAACUUGUAAUGGAUGAUGCUUCAACCGAUUCUGCUGUCAUACCAACUGCUUAUAGACAUGGGAAGAAAAUAGGAGAAACGGCAGCAUCAAGUUGGCUGCACAUAGUUCCAUGGGGUAUGUUCAAGCUGAUGAAACAUGUGAAAGAAAAGUAUGGAAACCCGCCCGUAGUCAUUACUGAAAAUGGUAUGGAUGAUGCCAACCACCCAUUUUCUAGAUUAGAAGACGUCCUACAAGAUGAUAAAAGGAUACAGUACCACAAUGAUUAUAUGUCUAAUCUCCUGGAUGCUAUAAGGAAAGAAGGUUGCAACGUCCAUGGUUACUUUGUAUGGUCCCUGCUCGAUAACUGGGAAUGGAACUCAGGCUACACGGUGCGAUUCGGUCUCUACUACAUUGACUACAAGAACAACCUGACGAGGAUACCCAAAGCAUCAGUCCAAUGGUUCAGUCAGGUUUUAGCCCAGAAAACAGCUAUCAUAUAGGUAGAGCACAAUGGUUCAGGAUUCAGGAAUGACCAUGAAGUGUACAUUAUUACCACCCUUUGCAUAAAGCUACAUACAUUAGGAGUUGAAGUAAAAAUGUAAACAUAAGAUUAUCUGAUAUGACCGUCAACGACGCCGUUGACUGCCGUUGGUGUACGUUCUUGUCACAGAAUUCAACAGGAAAGUUGAGCCCAUGUUGUCACAAA